AAUAACGGAUAACCAAUUACGAUUUUUUUAUUCUAUUGUUGAGCCUAGCAUUUCAGCUUUGAGGUAAAGAUCAAGAAAUGUAAAGAAAUGGUUAUCUUUUAGAAAUGGUUAUCUUUUAAAUUAUUUGUUAAUUGGCUAAGUCGGAAGUGCUUGUCUUCUUUUAAUUGAACUCCUCCUCCCCUCCUCGCGCCCUCUAAUUACCGCUGCUCGCGCUCGGGACCCGCUCAUAUUUACCGAGAGUGAAAGAACAAGAACAACAGACGAGCAGAAGACAGACUGGGGAAGAGAGAGAAAGUGUUAGAGAGUGUGUGUAUGUUGAUAGAGGGAAGGAGAGAGUACAUCUAAGAGAGAGAGCGAGAGAGAGAGAGAGAGAGAGAGAGAGAGAGAGAGAGAGAGAGAGAGAGAGAGAGAGAGAGAGAGAGAGAGAGAGAGAGAGAGAGAGAGAGAGAGAGAGAGAGAGAGAGAGAGAGAGAGUGUGUGUGUGUGUGUGUGUGUGUGUGUGUGUGUGUGUGUGUGUGUGUGUGUGUGUGUGUGUGGUGUGUGUGUGUGUGUGUGUGUGUGUGUGUGUGUGUGUGUGUGUGUGUGUGUGUGUGUGUGUGUGUGUGUGUGUUAUAGAGAGAAUGAGAGAGAUAGAGAGAGGGAUGGAGAGAGAGAUCUUGGUGUAAUUGAUUGCCUCCCUGUCAGUGAUAGCAGUCAGUUAGGGGUGGCCAAUAGGUUGCCGCUUUCGGUGAAUCACCGUCGGCCAGUUAUGUUGGGCUUUUGACGGCUGCGUCGGCCAGACAGAGUGGAUCAGUAGCUCGGGGACUUCACGGGAACUCAACAUAGUUUCCUCGGGUUCUAGUUGCAAAGCAGCCGACAUGCGAUUUCACGGGCUCCUGUGAUCCACUGGAUUUGUAUUUGCUUCGCCCUGGUCUCUUUCUAACUUUAAAGAAAAUAUAAAGCCGGCCUACCUGGCUGCGUGACUCUUUGCUCUUUCGCGUUUUGGCAUUGACCGGUUUACGCUGAGAAAUAAGAAAGUGGUAGUCAGGAAACCAUGACCUCGAAAGACGACGUCAAAUGUUCCCCCGCGGUGCUGGAGGAGCGGAGACGCACCGCUGACCACCUCCCGCCGCCGGCCAACUCCAACAAGCCGCUCACUCCGUUCAGUAUCGAGGACAUCCUGAGCAAACCGGCGGUGAAACGGAGCUACUCCAUCUGCGGCGCGGCCCACCUCAUCUCGUGCGAGAAGACUGCGGGCCAACGGCUGUCCGGCCGGGCCCUGCUGAGCCAGACGUCCCCGCUGUGCGCGCUGGAGGAGCUGGCCAGUAAGACGUUCAAGGGGCUGGAGGUCAGCGUCCUGCAAGCCGCCGAGGGUAGGGACGGACUGACGCUGUUUGGCCAGCGGAAUACUCCCAAAAAGCGACGAAAGUCGCGCACGGCCCUUCACCAACCACCAGAUUACGAGCUGGAGAAGCGCUUCUUGUACCAGAAGUACCUGAGCCCAGCGGACCGCGACCAGAUCGCCCAGCAGUUGGGUCUCACCAACGCGCAGGUCAUCACCUGGUUCCAGAACCGCCGCGCCAAGCUCAAGCGGGAUCUUGAAGAGAUGAAGGCGGACGUGGAGUCGGCGAAGGCGGUCGGUGUGGUGGCCUUCGAGAAGCUCGCCAAACUGGCGGAGCUGGAGAAAUGCGCAGCCAACGGCGCGUCGCCGCUGCAGAACCACAGCGAGAUGGACUCGUCCUCCUCUUCCUCGCCGCGAUCGAACCUGGAACGCGACACGUCGGACACGAACCACCUACUGACGGCGUCCUCGUCGCCCGCCGCGUCGCCGUGCACGGAUGGCUCGAGCGUCAAGUGCGGCUCGGAGGACGAGGACGAGGAGAUCGAGGUGGACGACUAGCUGGUGCACGAGACUCACCCGAUGAAGUGCCCCAGUAAUGCAAGACUUCGCAGGCUAAAUAAACUGUACAGGCUAAAUAAACUGUACGAUGUGGAUGAGGAAUUGACGCAUAACGCAUUACGCACGGACCGCCGUGUUGCCAUAACAUAAAAUUAAGCUUAAUUUGUAAUACAGUGGUCUCAUAUAGCAGGGGUCAUUUUGUUAUGUUGCAUUUUAUUCAUAUGUUGGGAUUCAAGGGAAGCCUCCGUUUUUUUAAAAAGAAUAUAUGUAGGCCGGCCUAUGUCAAAAUACCAUGCAUACAAGUCCCACAUUUACCUCUCACACACACACACACACACACACACACACACACACACACACACACACACACACACACACACACACACACACACACACACACACACACACACACACACACACACACACACACACACACACACACACACACACACACACACACGCACACACACAUUUUAAAAUUAUGGUGCUGCAUGUUUAAUUUUAUUUAAUCACCCUAUGAUCUUUUCUUUUUUAACCAAUGAAGUAUCAGAACGUGAAUCUAAAUCGCCUUGGCAUUAUUUUCUAGAUAUAAUAUCUUAUCAGAUGUAGAAAAUUUCGCUUUUUAUAGUAGGCCUAUCUAUACGUUCAGAAACGAUAAUCAAAAUACACAGGUAAUGUGUAACUGCUUGUUAUAAGUCACAAUUUAAUAUAUUUAUAUUGUCUGUACACCGUCUAAGUGCCUUUUCGGAGCCUGAACAAUACGUUAAAUUGUAUAAAUUGUAAUUUAGGCUAUACAUAUGGAAUGUAAAAUAAAAUUGUAUUCCAAA